AUGGACACAAUCACACAUAACAACCUUCCCGAACCCAUCGUCUCCAACCUCGACCAUUCUGUCACCACAAGCGGAAGCUCUCUAGAUCCAGCACAACACGUCUUCAAAACCCCAGAUCAACCAAAGACCUCAACAAUGCCAGACCCAACCUUCCAAAUCACCACACCCCGCCUCAAAAUCUCCCACCUCAACCCCUCUGACCCCUCCCACUGCGACUUCCUAGUCUCCCUCUGGAACACGCCCGAAUUCAUCACCAUGCUAGAAGGAAAACCAACCUCCAUAACCACACCCUCAGCCGCGAAAUCACUGAUAGAAACCCGUUUUGCAUCUGACCAUGCAAGAAAUGGUUAUGGUAUUUUCUUGGUCUCGUUGCUUGAGAGCAAUGUACCUAUUGGCACGGUAUCUCUUAUGCGAGGGGAAAAUUCUUCGCUCAGGGCUCCCGAUAUGGGGUUUGCGAUGCUUUCUGGGUAUAUGAGGAAGGGGUUUGCUGUGGAGGCUGCUAGAGCACUUUUGGAGUAUGCGGAGAGGAAGUUGGGUGUUGAUGCGGUGUUUGGGUUUUGUGAUGAGUGGAAUGAGGGGAGUAUGGGUGUGUUGAGGAAGCUUGGGAUGAAGUGGGAGGGUGUUAGGAAGGUUAAGGAGUUUGGAGGUAAUGAGGUUGCUUGUUGGAGUUGGGGUAUGGAUGAUGUCGAGGAGUAUGGUCUUUGA